AUGUCUUCCACCGCUGAGAUCCCCGAGUCCCGCGAGGCCCUCGAGGCCAUCGCUGCCGCCGCCGACGAGUCACAGGCCCAGACCAUCGCCGAGCUGCGCCAGACACUCACGUCCGAGACUAGCCCCCUCCCUCUCCGUUUCCGCGCCCUCUUUUCCCUAAAGCACGUCGCCUCCAAGUCCAAGGGCCCCGACAGCGAGGCUGCCAUCGAUGCCAUCGCCGCCGGAUUCGCCUCGCCCUCGGCCCUGCUCAAGCAUGAGCUCGCAUACUGCCUUGGCCAGACCGGCAACCUCUACGCCGUGGAGCCGCUGCGCGCUGUCCUGAAGGACCUGCAGGAGGACCCCAUGUGCCGUCACGAGGCCGCUGAGGCCUUGGGCGCGCUGGGCGACGAGGGCCAGCUGGAGAUCCUGAAGGAGUUCAGGGACCGUAAGGGAGAGGAUGUCUGCAUUGUAGAGACCUGCGAGAUUGCCAUCGACCGCAUUGAGUGGGAGAACUCCGAGCAGAGGAAGCAGGAGAAGCUUCGUAAGAGCGACUUCACAUCUGUAGACCCCGCGCCGCCCAUGGAGGAGUCGCAGCGCAGCGUUGAGGACCUUGAGAAGACCCUCCUGGACCCCAAGCUGCCCCUCUUCCUCCGAUACCGCGCCAUGUUCGCCCUGCGCGACCUUGCGUCGCCGCCCGACCUGCCCACCGCCGUCCCCGCUGUGCUUGCCCUGGCAAAGGGCUUCGCCGAUUCAUCCGCUCUCUUCCGUCACGAGAUUGCCUUUGUCUUUGGCCAGCUAUCGCACCCAGCUUCUAUCCCCGCGUUGACUGCGGCGCUUAGCAACACCGAGGAGGCGAGCAUGGUGCGCCAUGAGGCUGCCGAGGCCUUGGGAAGCCUUGGUGACGAGGAGGGCGUCGAGGCGACGCUCUUGAAGUUCUUGCACGACAAGGAGAAGGUCGUACGCGAGAGUGUCAUCGUUGCCCUUGACAUGGCUGAGUACGAGGCCAGUGGGCAGGCGGAGUAUGCGUUGAUCCCUGAGGGGGCCAAGGCGGCUGCUUAA